GUCACCUCACUCUGUGCGGUCAAGUCGGUCUCAGAGUCGGUUGCACGGGCCUAGAGAGCUGCCGCCCAGGAUGCUAUCGAGUCCAGUGGUGUCAUCGCCAUACAGCUACGACGCCACGCUGGCUGGUGGGAGGAACUCUGCUGACUACAUUGAUCAGGUGCAGUCUUCGCCAGUGUCACCGUACCCACAGGGAGACUAUUUUACGAAAUUCACCUCGUCUCCCUUCACGACGCCAACCAAGGUCAAUGGGCCGAGACCUCACCCGGGCUCAUCGACAUCGCUGAGCGCUGCAUCGUCGCCCAUGUACCAACCUCCUUCGACCCACACUUCUCCAACGAAGUAUCCUCUUUCGUUGAGCGUCAAUCAGCAGCCAAUUCCUGAUCCGAACUACAUGGACUCGCCGAUCAGAGCGUUGCCAGAUAUUCCAGUUCUGACGCCAGAGGUACGACAAAGCUACGAUGCAACUCCCAUCGAAAAGAGGGCUUCGAUAUCUAUCGACUCUCCAAGUCUGGGUCGCAACUCGAUCCAGGGCCCAAGAUUGAUGCCGAACAACGGCUCAACUAGAAGCAGAAGAAGUUCUCCUUCUACGUCACCGGCUAGAAAUGGGUACUACGACCAUAGGACGAGUUGGAAAUCUGAAUACUCUGUUAACGUUAUGGAUGACGAAGAUGACCCGAACGCUUUAUUGAUGGAAGAGAUAGAUAUACCACUCAUCAAUGUGGAACACGAUAUGAGGCAGCCAAUUAUUGAGCGUCCUAGUCAAAUGGAGCUCAACUUACAGGCCAUUGACCUUCCAGAGAUCACAAUUUCACCACAUAGUACUUUAAGAAAAGAGGUGUCGAAGGACUUGCCCGAAGUUCCUGCAACGUUGACCCUACCGUCACUGCCAUUUUCAUCAAGAUCUCUAACAGUGAUCCAGUUCUCUCAGUGUAACAGCAUUUAUUUGUUAUCAGACGUGUUCCGUUGGUCAGUGAAACUAUCGCAAGAAUGGUCUGACGGGUUGCUCGUUUCAAAGGAUGAAUACAUGAAGGCUCUGAAGUUCCUCUUCAAGCACAGUGCACCAAGGAUGAACAACUAUGUGAUGGACAAUAAUAUACAGGCAAUAAUGGCCUCAUUUGAAAAGCAAAAUGCAAUCUAUGUGAACCCUCAAGGCAUCAUCCACUUUUUUGAUAAUGUGAAAGUUGCUGGGGUUUUCCCUCAACUCACAGGUUGUUACUCGAAAAGUCAUGGAACCAUGGACAAUAAGUAUCAGUGCUACUCAUCAAGGUGUUCACUCACCAUUUAUCAGCCCCCGAUCCCGAUUAUAAGUUCCGACAUCUAUUCCAAUAAAAGAUUGGGAGAAUGGGCUACACAUUGGAAUCUAACGAAAAACGACAUUGAUGACUUAGAUGAGGAUGAGGUCAAAAAGCAAAGUCACAUUUUUGAACUCAUUAGACAACAGCAAAACAUCAUCAGAUUGGGUGAAAUUCAGGUUAAAGAAUAUGGUCAAUCAUUCAAGACCGCAAAUCCUCAGCUGCUCCCUGAUGUGUCCAAGUUUUACAAUGACGCAUUCAACUCUGUUAAGCCUCUUAUCGAGCUUCACAGAAAGCACUUGUUCGAACCUUUACUUGCAAAGUUGAAUACGCAAGGCAAAUACAUCUCAGAUGUAGGUGGCAUCUUCUUGGAAUGGGCUUCUAGAGCCACCGUUCCUUAUCUGAAGUACACUGAAUCAUUGGCAUCUGUGAGAGAGCUGAUCAAGUACGAGAAGAGUCGCCAUUCAAUAUUUGCUGAGUGGUUGUACAAAAUUGAUGAGCACCCGCAAGUCGUUGCAGCUUCCUUAGAUCACAACAGAAUCUUCUUUAGUGGAUUUAUUGGUCACACACAAUUGUUAUCGUUAGCUUUGAUGAGCGUUCGGAAAAAGACUCGAACUUCAGAUGUCGACUAUACCGUUCUUGGUAAAGCCAUAGAUGAAGUUGAUAAACUCAAUCGGAAGAUUGAUGAAAUGCAGGAAUAUGCUUUACAAAGUCGUCACUUGAGAGUUCUUGCUAGCCAGCUGGUAUGGAAGAGCAAUGUAUUAGAGAGGGACCUCAAGCUCAGAGAAUCGAUGAGACGUUUGAUUAAAAGAGGGGAGGUGACCAGAAAGGACAAAUGGACCAGCUCCUUGAAUUAUCUGAUACUUCUGGACAAUUAUCUAUUGAUCACUGAGGAGCAAAAAGAUGGGCAUUACAAAAUAUGCGAGAAACCAAUACCUGUCGAGUUUCUACAAGUUGAGUCAAAGGAUUUUUCAAAUGCAGAGAUAUCUUCCAAUGAAAAUGAGAGUUUCCCUUUCAAAAUCCGCUAUACUGGUCAACACUUAUCCUUCACAUUCUGUACCGAGACCAUGGCAGGGCGUGAUGCCUGGUUUGCAGCCUAUAAUCAGGUCAAAUCGAAGAAAUCAAAAGCUUCUGACUUUGAACCUUUCAAAAUAUCUGUGCUAUCGGAUCAAUUUGCAUAUGAAGAUGGAACACAACCUCAAAAACUUCCGGUAUGUGUAUCCGGCUCAAACAUUGACCGCAUGUUGGCUGACUAUCAAAAGUCCAUCGCAAUGGAAUUCGAUGAUUCAUCUAUUUCAAGACCGAUCAUGGUUAGCGGAGUGCUUUCUGGGACUAGUUUCACAUUUGAGGGUAAGAGCUACCAUGCUCUUGGUCUCAAUUUUGGAUUGUUCAUAACAGAAGCUGGAACAAGAAGAGGGUGGAGACGGGUUUUGGAUGUGGCCAAUGUUACACAGAUUGAGAAGCUCGAUACGCUUCUUGUGGUGCUUUCCGAUAAAGGGCUUUUCUACUUCAAUUUGGUUUCUCUGUUGCUGAAUUAUUAUGGUACAAAUAUUGAUGGUAAAACUGUUGGAGAACGUUUAUCCAAACGAGAUGUGGAAUUCUUCAAAAUUGGUUCAUAUUACAACACCAAAUUACUAUUUCUCAUGAAGAAACCUAUCCAGAGUUUGGGUGGUCCAAGAUUCAAGGUCUUUACUCCAAUCUUCGACAGCUUUGGUAGCUUCCAAUAUUUCCAGCUCUACAGACGUUUUCAGCACUCAUCAGAGUGCUAUGAUUUAUCAAUUUUCAACUCAAUGUUUGUUCUUCAUGCUGUUAAGGGGUUUGAGAUCUUGUCAUUCCAAGUGAUGUACGAAUCUCAACACAUUCCAAAGUUCCUUGCAAAUAUGAAGAAACCGAAAAGCGAACUAGAAAUGAUCAAAAAGACCUUGAAAUCAGGCUCGUCCAAACCUUUACUGAUGUCAAAGGUUUUACACAAAUCUCAAUUUUAUCUUGUCUAUGACUCUUUUGCUAUUGUCAUUGAUACAAUUGGACAGCUGAUCAACGACAGUUUCAUUUUCCCUUUCAAGUUCAAGUGUAAAUCUGCUACUCUGCAGGACAAUUUUCUAAUUUGCAUCGGAGAAGACAUUGUUGAAGUCUUUGACCUGAGCUAUGACGAUGUGGUGGGGUUCCAAAAACUUGACCCUGUACAGAUUAUCAAUGGUAAAGAUAUUCACCUUAUCGACCCUAUCAAUGCCAAACUUGUCAUGGCUCACCCACAAUAUAUAGGAAGACAAUUGAUUGUAAGCCUGGAGAAACUACAAGACGAAGUUACAUAAUUAUGACAUUUAAUACAUCAUGAUCUAUAUAUAAUG